AUGAGCCAGGCGGAUUGCAGGACCCUGUGCUUCAGCAUGUUGUAUUACAGGACAAAAAAGUACCUCCUCACCAAUAACAGCAAGUUGGGAUUCCUUCACCGGCUGAUACAGUUAGCCAUUCUGUCUUAUCUGCUGGGGUGGGUGUUCCUGGCAGAGAAAGGCUACCAGACCGUAGACAGUACAGUUGAGAGUUCUGUUGUUAGCAAGGUCAAAGGCACCACCUCCACCAAAAAUUCAGAGUUUCUGAAUGAGAUCUGGGACUCAAUUGACUACGUCAUUCCCUCCCAGGGAGAAAAUGUUUUCUUCAUAAUCACCAACCUAAUCCUGACUCCAAAACAGCAGCAAACUACCUGUGCUGAGAGCCCCAAAUUCCCAAAUGCUCUGUGCUCCCAGGACAGCAAUUGCCCUCAAGGAGAACCUGUUAUUAGUGGGAAUGGAGUGAAGACUGGCAACUGUCUGAUAACGGGCGGCAACGGCAGUGGCACAUGUGAGAUCUUUGCCUGGUGCCCAGUGGAGAACUCAUUCCAUUCCAAGAAGAUAGUUUUGGAAAAUGUUGAAAACUUUACCAUCUACAUCAAGAAUAACAUCCGCUUCUCCAAAUUCAACUUUACCAAGACCAAUUUGCGAGAAACCAAAAGCAAAUCCUAUCUGAAAUCCUGCCACUUUGGUCCUAAGAGUCCAUACUGCCCAAUCUUCCGGGUGGGUAAUCUGGUCAAAUAUACUGGGCAUGAUUUCCGGGAAAUGGCCUUGGAGGGUGGGGUGAUAGGGAUCCAGAUGGAGUGGGACUGCAAUCUGGACUUUUCUCCCCCUGUCUGCAAGCUCCAUUACUCCUUCCACCGUCUGGACAAUGCAAAGACCGUUGCCGGUGGAUACAACUUCAGAUUCGCUAGGUAUUAUCAAGAUGCCAAUGGGGUAGAGUUCCGCAAGCUGAUGAAGGUCUAUGGGAUCCGAUUUGACGUGCUGGUGACUGGCAGGGCUGGAAAGUUCAGUAUCAUCCCCGCGCUCAUCAACGUGGGCUCAUGCAUAGCCUUGUUGAGCGCCGGGACUCUUUUUUGUGACUUAGUACUCCUUUACCUCGUCAAAAAAAGCCGCAUAUACCGAGAUAAAAAGUACGAGGAAAUAACGUUUUCCACAAGAAAGUUCCCAUCUAAGCAAUCUGUAAGGAGGAAAAAGGAAUCCUCUUCUUCUGUUGUCAAGGAAUCAGCCUCCUCUGUUGGCCUGAAACCAACCUCCUCUGUUGGCCAGGAGAUAUCAACGGAACUGGAGACAGCAGUGUCAGAGUGGGGCCCUGUCUGA